AUGAUGGUGCAUCGUUGGGGUCGGCCUCCCCUGUCCUGUCGGCCUUGUCGUGAGAAGAAGCGUCGGUGUGACCGCAACCAGCCGUGCUCAAACUGCAACUUGAGGAAGAUUCAAUGCGAAUACGGGCUCUGUGAACGUCCCAGGGCUUCACCAGCAAGGACCGUUAGUUCGAGCGGCAAGUCUACAACUCUGUCAACGCCUCCAGGAGCUGUACUAAAUGCAGAGGAGGUAUUGAAUAGACUCAAUAAUCUGGAGCAAGCUGUCUUCAACAGGCCGAGUCAAGCAUCCCCACGAUUCGGCAUAGAAAAGACUAUCGCACGUGUGGGUCAAGGAUUUUCUCCUAGUGAUUUCACUCCAUUUGGCUUGCAUAUACUAUCACCCUCGCCAGACGAUGCUUCCCUAGACCUGAGAUAUCUAGCCAGCCAACUUCCCCCCGUAGGGCAAGCCAGGGAGCUUUUCAACCACUUCGCUCUUACUUUGCACCAGACUUUCGGGGUCCUUCAUAUACCAUCCGCCCGAGACCUGGUGGAACAAGCUUAUGAAAGUAUGCUUGCAAGAGGAGAGCCAGAUGUCGCCCAGUUACUUUUGCUUUUUAGCAUAUUUGCUGGCUCGGCCUUUGCCUGGAAUGCCCAGCUUUUAGAGAAGCUGAGCACUACACAAGCAGAGGCCCAGGCGGCUUUUAAAGCGUACACCCAUCUAGCCACGUCUAUUUUGGAUAGCUAUCACUCACUUCCUUCGUCCACAACCGCUCUCGCAGCCAUAUCGACCCUGGCCCAUGUGAUAACCAAUUGCGACGGCUUUCCGCUCAAAAUUCAUUUAAUCAGGAUGCGCUGUCUUUUGAUGGCGCGUGCCAUGCAAAUACACCGUCUGGACACUGCAAAGAGCCGUGAAGAAAGAAAGCAUAAGGGAUGCAAUUUGAUUGAAAUCGAAGUACAGAGAAGAGUCUGGUGGAACAUGGUGGCCUUCGACUGGCUACAUGCAUUCUCGGGGGGCCCUCAAGAAGGAGCAUACAUACAUCAACCAAAACAUAUGAAUGUGGACUAUCCGAGCAAUGUCGACGACGAGUUUAUUACUCCCACAGAGGUACAUAGCUUGCCCCUGUCAACUCCCACAACCAUGUCCGCGUUUAUAGAACGCGUGAAGCUGUCCGAAAUCUGCCGCGAAGUCGUUGACGCCAUGCCCUCUAUCUUACUGGAAUCACAACCGGAAUACCACGUCAUACUGGCCCUAGAUGAGAAGUUCCAGAACUACCUCGAUGACCUUCCAGUCUUCCUCCGACUUGAUCGAAAUAGUAUUCGGAAAAGCUACGCUAUAUGCAGCGAGCGUCCCAAUAUCAUCUGGCAACGAAUCGGCAUUAACUUCAGCGUUCAUACUCGUAUUUGUCGACUCCACAUGCCUUAUCACCUGGAAGGCAUGACGAACCAAAAAUACGCCUACUCCCACAGAAUAUGUGUCCAGUCCGCUCAGACAGUACUGGAAUUACGAAGGUUGAUGGAUGAUGCAGAAACCGCAGUGAAACCGACACGUUCGUGGACGGUCACGCAGCACUCUUUCCUGGCAGCGCUUAUUCUGGCGACGGACGUCUCUUUCAACCCGAACUCGCCGGACGCUGAAGCCCGGAAGGCUAAGGUCCUAGCUGCUUACCGGACUCUUGAGAAAUCGAAGGAGGAAUCUAGUGGCCUUGUGGAAGUUAUCCAGAGGAAUAUGCAAACGCUCAUGUCAACGCUUCAUCGACAGCAUUCGCAGAGGACCAAUGUCUCAUACGCUGCGUCUGAGGAAACAGUGGCGAACGGUCAAAGUUCAGGAAAUUCCAGGGAUCCAAUCACUUCAAUGGCUAGUAUUCCAGUCUCAGCUGACGAAUGGCUACAGGGCUACAGCUUGAUGAGUACCGAGAAAGUUGGAGACGAAAACGUGGCUCAACUUUGGUCAGAUUUUCUAGCUGCCGCACCGGAAUUGGGCGCACCGCAGUGGAAUUCAUUAUUAGAUAAUAUGGAUUUUUGCUUUGACCCGAGUGUCUCCUAG